AUGGCCAGUAAAAAGCUCCAAGAGUUUCUCAAACGUAAUGAGGAAUCAUUGGAAAAUCACCAACCGCCACCUUUAUUACAGGAUAUAGUCAGCGCAAAGUCGGACUCAGGAGCCAUCUACAUCUUAACUUGUUCAGAUGCUCGAGUCGAUCCUCGUGACUACUUCGGCCUCAAGUUUGGAGAGGCCUUGAUAAUCCGCAACGCAGGUGGUCGCGCCGUUGAUGCUUUCCGAAGCCUUGAAGUUAUGGGAACCAUCGGUCCCAUUGACCUGAUCGUUGUGGUUCAUCACACUGACUGCGGUGCGGUGUUUACUACUGAGGAGGAGGUCAGGUCGAAACUCAGUCAUAGAGCACCUGCCCAUGCUGAUUCAAUUAAAGACAAAUGGUUUGGAACCUUCAGAGAUGUUGGAAUUGAUGAGAGCAUUCGUCAGGACGUACAAGAGAUUAGGAAAUGGUCAUUCUUGCCGGAAAAGGCUCAGGUUGUAGGUUAUGCACUUGAUAUUGAAACGGGGGCUAUGAGGGAAGUAGUCUCCUAA